ACCGUCACACCUCCUCCUGCAACCAUCACGCUUCCCGGAUCGACUGUGGUUUCGACAAUUGCAGGCGAGCUAACGACAAUCACCUUACCCGAAACCACAUUGACUCUGGUCACUACUCAAGUGAACACGGUCACUCUGCCUCCCUCUGUGACGACUUUGCCUGGUUCAACGAUUGUGACUACGGUCGUCGAGACUGCGCCUGCAUCGACAUUGACCAUCACUCGCGACGGUUCGACAAUAACCAGCAUCGCGCCAGGGCCAACAUCUUUCGUCGUUUCGACCUUAACGUUGCCUCCGGUCACCGUUACCUUGCCACCUUCAACGGUCACAGAGAUCACGGCUUGCCCGGCCCCAACGAACACUCCCGGAUCGAACUCGGCGGCCGAAUACAACCCGAGGUCCAAUCUGACAUGGGGCUGUCAGCCCGGAUAUGUCUGCAACCCUCCCAAACCGGCCGGUUGUAGCCUGUGGGCAGAUCCGCCAGCAGACGAUUAUGUCUGCGCUCCGCAGAACUGUAUUCCAGCACCACCUGUCACUCUAGCAAAUUGGAAGGAGAACGAGACAAGCUACUACCCAGUGAACGACGGAUACUUCAACUUGAACCCCAAUGCCUUUGGCCUUCCCUUUGACAUCUUUGAGUACGAGGUAAUCGUUUCUAAGGUGAAGGGUAAGAAGGGACACAAGAAGACGACCAUUACGACUGGCAACUGGGCUUCAGCCACGGAGUUGACUCAUUUCCCCCCGCCUGCUCAACCCACAAUUACCCCUUCCCCUGUCCCUACAUCCUCUGCUGAGAUUGGCAAACAUGCCUACAAGCAUAAGCAGGAGGGCAAGACCUACGAGCGCCGUGCUUUCUUCGGCAAGCGAGAUGUCACGAUCGCUCCUGCCAUCUGCUUCGACAAUUGCAACAAUGUAUAUAUCGAGGUUCAGACCGUGGGCAAAAACCCUCAAAUUUGCUUAGCGGGUUCCGCCUUCCAGAUGAACCUCGAGACUUGCAGGCAAUGCGUGAUAGACAACGCCGAUGACGGGAAGGAGACUCUGCGUCUUUACAUAGAACCACAAUUCCAGCAGUGGCUAGUAUACUGCACCGGCGAGGCACCGCAGACUUCGUCUUCCGCAACUAUCCUGCCACCCCAGAGCCAAGCAAGCGGUACAGCGACACUCACGACAGCAAGCCAAGGGGCCGGCUCUAGUGAUACGUCGGCCGUCCCUAUUCCGGGGUCAACCACAACCACUACUGCUGAGGUGUCUAUCACGAUUACAUCUACUCCCACUCCCACGCCGUCUCCUAGCACGAGCGCGGCAGCGUCUUCUACACCCUCAACCGCCAGCACAGCAGAAAGCUCUCAGUCGCCAUCCAGCUCUGGCCCUUCGGUGUCUCCCACGCCAUCUGACACGACCUCCGCGGCGACGAUUAGCCCCGGAACCACUGCCGUGACUUCCAGCCUUUCAACAGUGACAUCUGCUGCUAUUUCCACAGGUUCUACUUCUGCUGGAACUCCCUCUUCGACUGGAAGCGUCUCCUCGGGUUCUCCAAGCGCUUCGAGUGCCUCAGGUACUUCAAGUGCUUCGAGUUCCGCGAGCGGGUCGAGUGCUCCAGCAAGCGCCUCAUCACCCUCCACGGCAACUUCAUCUUCGGCAUCAUCAGCGCCAUCCGGAACAGCGACAAGCGGUGCCGGCUCGAGUCCGUCGGCUUCAAGCUCCUCAGACUCCGCGUCUGCCGGUCCAACCACCUCAGCCGGAUCAGCAUCCACAGCAACUGGCGGCGCUGGAGGCUCUACAUCCGAAACCUCGGCGCCAUCCUCGACUGUGUCUUCUCCAAGCACCACUUCGACAGGCCCCGUCACAGCUGCAGCAGUCAAGCCUGCCACCUCCACCAUCCUCGCCAUACUGGCGCCAUUCAUGAUUCUUCUACUCCUCUAA